GCCGUAUGUAUGCAUAUAAGAAAUAAUUAUAUGCCUGCACACGUAGGUAUGUAUGUGUGUAACUGUCUUUUGUAUGUGCGCGCGUGUGUCGAGAACGGACACGCCACCCACCCGAAUCAGACAGAAAGGACAAAAGAAAACAGAAAGCCCGCCCAUGAGCACACCCAUCACCCACCCCACCACUAAUGGCCGUCUCGCAAAUGCAGCCGUGCGAUCCACACUGAUGACAACAGAAUCCAUCCGCCGACUGACCAGCCAUAUUUUGCUCGCGCGUGAGCAGCACUACACUAGUGCCCGCCUCGCCCCCCCACUCAGUCACUCAGUCAGUCAGUCGCAGAGCGAGACAUAGGCAGUUGCGUGGACAACAUUCACAGCCCCACUACCGACACACAUGGCCUUUUCUGCCCGUGCGCCAUCCACUCACUAUACACACAGACACACACAGACACUCAGCUGGUCGGCAGACGGACCAUUCCACCCACUCAGAGGCACAGAGCCAUCCAUCCAUCCAUCCAUCCAGGCCCAUGGACCGAUUGGCUGACGAUAAGGUGACUGACCAUCACACCACACUCAUAAGGCAGAAAGGCACCACACAGUGAAGGAACACACAAAAGGAAAAGGCGGCCAAUCGCAGGCACACAAGUCACACCAGCCCAACGCUCAAACACAUCACACCGACUCAAAUGUCGUCUCACAUUUCCUCGAUUACUCCACGACUGUACGAUCGGAAUAUAUUUCAAUUUGCUCACACUCCCCGCCACCAUUGUAGCCCCCGCCACCAUUGUAGCCCUUGCCACCAUUGUAGCCCUUGCCACCAUUGUAGCCCCCGCCACCAUUGCAGCCGUUGCCACCUGUAUGCCGAUGCACACACACACAAAGGCCAGCAACAGCCGCUUUGUCUGCCGUGACCACCGCACACCGCCACACUCACCGUUGCCAUAUUUCUUGUAGAGGAUCUUGUCGACCUUCAUCAUUCCCAUGUGGUCGUUGCCAUAGUGGGAGAUGGUGGUGAGGUAGCCGCUGAGAUAGGUGGCCACGUACAUCUGUGUGUGGACGGGGAGCGGAGGGGAAGCCACACACACACACACACACACAGGGGGGUCAGAUAUGUGUUUGUGUGGGGCUGAGUGUUGGUGUCAGGGUGACAUACAUAGUAGUGGAGGCUCUUCUCGAUGUGCACGGUGCACAUGGCGUCUUUGUGCUCUUUGGCGGCGUCAUACAGCUGAACGGACACACAUCAACACAUCCAUCCCACCAAGUGUGCCAGUGAGUCUGCCCCCUCUGUCUCUCACAUCCUUUGUCGCCUUGUAGAGGUCGCCGUAUGAGUGUCUUAUACGCUUAAGAUUCUCGAGAGGCUGAAAGACAGAGGGAGAGAGAUAGGUCACUUGAAGCACACAGACACCCAGGUACGUGUGGAGACCUUGUAAGGAUCGUCACUGUAGUAGAGCUUCUCGAUGGCUUGGGGCACAUAGGGAUGACCACGGCUGACAUCACACACAGGGAGAGAGGGAGAGGGUCAAGAUUGUCGCAGACACACAGACACCACGUACCUCUGCAAGUAGUUGAUCAUCUUAUCAACCUUCGUCACGGUCUUGGUAAAGCAGUGCCCAGCGUAUGCAGCGAAUCCUUUCAGACUAACAACCAGACAGAGAGCACACACGGCCUCCGGUGCACUGUGUUGGGGUGUGUGCGUGAGGGUGGUGCUCACCCGACGUCAUUGCGCUUGUAGUAGUACAUCACGUUCUGGCAGAGGUAUGCGUGCUCCAGCAUGUGGUUGAUGUAGUCCUGGAUGUCAUGGUUCAGGUCGUCAGGGAUUCCCCACUUGUCGUCCCCAUUCCACGCAGGCACAUCCUUAUCCUCCUUGUCCUCAGCUGCCGGCUUCUUGCCCUUGACGCUCACAGCGUCGUCCUCAGCCAGAGACCGCACGAGGGAGGGCGCCUGCUGCUGCUGCUCCUGCUGCUUCUCCUCGCACAGCGCCACAGACACUGACACACAGACGGGGGAGACACAGCACACGGGCAAAGAGCGCCACAGCAGACACACACAGAGGCAGACAGAGAGUGACGGCCCGUGCAGUGGUAUGGUCUGCCUUCGCCGUGAGCCACGCACCUGAGGCGGCGAGCAGCAGCGUGACGGCGACGAGAGAACACACGCGCAUCGUGACUGUCGGCGGCAGCACUGGUGAGAGGGAGGCAGCGAGGGAAAACCCAAGAAAACCCAAAAGAAACGCCGGAAAGGCACAAAGACGGCGGAAGGAAAGGCAAACAGAGGCGAAAACCCAAAAAAC